GCCGUCGGCGCCGACUGGCGCGCGCUCGGGUGCGUGGCGGAGGCGCUGCGUGCGGAUGUCGGUCUGGUGCUAGCCGCCGUGGCGCAGAGCUGGGAGGCGCUGGCCCUGGCCAUGGGGGAGGCCUGCAAUGACGCGGAGGUCGUGCUCGAGGCUUACAAGCAGAACAGGGCAGUUCUGCCGACGGUGAGCCGCCGCCUCGUGUCGGACCGCAGUUUCAUGCUGCGGGCAGUGCGUGUCGACGGCCUGGCGCUGCG